CAAUGCAGGGCUUAAGUGUGCAUCGCUAUUUGUGUGUUGGACAUGAUUGAUCUGUUAAAAAGAUAUUAGCCGGAGAACUUGAUAUCGAAUAUAACGUAAUCGCGGUGUAACAAGAAUGUAUUUGUAACGUUCCGAGAUUAAGUAGAGUGUUCAAUACCAUGAUUAUGCAGUGCACGCAAUAUAAUUUCUUGUGCGCUCACUAUAAUAUUUUGUGCGCACAACGUAAUUACCUUGAUAAACACCUAUAAUUUUCACUUGAACUACUGGCUCAAUUGCCCCCAAGAUUUCUGGCGGAACUGCCCCGUUUUGUCAGUAUCCGUAAGCUUUGAGAAAACGCACAGAAAGACACAUGAAGCUACAGGACGCUGCAUCGAUAUCCGUAUAUGGUAAUAUGUAUAAUAAAGCCGUUAGGGCUUGAGCGCCAGGCGCGCACACUGUAACGGUCAUGCAGAGCCGCCCAGAAACCCUGACAGACAGCCAUGAUAAGGACCGCCGGCGAAGAGUCCACGAAUAGGGAAUAUAGCCUCCACACCAUCCUCAUCAACCCCCAAGGCUUCCCCGCAAAGCUGUGGCAGCUUGUGAACGAGCCGCGGGUCCACUCUGUACGCUGGGACUGGUUCGGCCAUGGUGUCUUCAUAGACCAGCGGCGAUUCGAGGCCGAGCUGCUCUCGCCGAUCGGAGGCGCCUUCAAGUCCAGUAGCUUCUCCAGCUUCAACCGGCAGCUCAACCUGUACGGCUUCAGGAAGGUGAUGCCGAUGCACAGCCAAGUGGGGGUGCUGCAUCACCACUUUUUUAACCCUGACUUCAGACAAGGCCACCCCGAACUGCUGGUGAAUCUGAAGCGGCUGACCAGUACCAACAAGGCAAGGAUUCAGGCUGGCCUGGAGGUGCCCCGCAGGCUGCCCAGGGCUCUGGGCCGCAGGAAAAACAGUACUGAAGUGACUGCAGGUUACAGGGUCGCAGGGCACAUCCAACAGGGGACACAGAUGGGAGCCAUGCCCCCACGCCAGCCCCCUCAGAGUGGAGAACACCUGCUGAUGGGUUAUGACUGCACCCCCAAUCCCCAGUGUGGCUGGAUGGUGAGGCCCAGUGAGGAAACGGGCAUCUCUUUUCCGGUCAUUUAUCAGGCACCCUCUUUGCAGUACAAUUUCAGCUGCGCUGUGCCGUCUGCCCCUGAUACCGCCCAUGUUCAGCCAGGGGCACUGGCCAUGCCUGCUGCGGCAUCGCAGUAUAAUGACUUACUACCUGCUCUGUACCAUCCUGCAUGUUACGCACCAGCCAUGUCUGAUGGUUUCUUCAAGAGCCCAAUGACUACUGACUCUACAGGCUGUGUUCCCCAAUCUACACCAUUACCACAUUACUGCUAUUACCAGACAAACUAUCCGCCAGGCCUCUUACAUCUCUGCAGUCAGGACCAGCAGAGCAAUGAGAAUGAGACUGUCAGUCGGGAUAUAGUUUGCCAAACUGUUACUGAGCUACAGGCAUCUCCCAAACUACACAUGGUAAAAGUGGAGACCCCUGAAAACUUGAUCCAGCUCACCUGUCCAUCAGAGGUGGUUCAGUUCCCCAAUUCGAAUCUGCCCGCUUCGGGGCAGCUCAGCCCCCACAAGUUACUGAGUUUGAGCACUUCGCCUCUUGUUGUGGAUUCAGCUUGUAUGUCUCCCUGUGGCUCCAGCCCUCUGGUUGGGAAUAAGACCAGUGUGCCAGUCAGCAUCACAGCAGAUGCUGCCAUUGGGGUUCCGAGUCUUUAAGGAGCCAAUAAAAUGAAAGAUCAAGAUUGCAAUCAAGGGUAUAGUUAUUCUGUCUCAUUAGAUUUCUCUAAAAACAUUAUUCCCACCUUGUAGCAUUAUUAUAAUGAGAUAUAUAAAUACAUAUGGGAUAUUUCGGCUACAUAUGUUAAGUUAACAUUGGGUAUUGUGCUUUUCUUUUAUUGUAUUGUACUGUCAGUACCUCUAAUAUUUUUAUUUCACAAAUAUUAUACAAAAGUAACCGUUGUUGGCUACUGAUUUACAAAGUACCUGUUCCUCAGCUGAAUAUAUUGAAUUCUCUCAAGGGUACUAAGCUCAUCUCAGGAUCUGUUUAACUCAAUGACUUUUAGGUGUUCUGGCUUUCUUUUUUUUAUUUGUAUAUUUUCCUGUCAUGCCUGUCUUUCAUCUGUUUUCCAUUUAUAUUUUUUGUCUUUUACAAGUAAAAGUGUCCAAAAUAGUUUCAUCAAAGUAUUACUUAAGUGUGUGGCAUGUUAACAUGCAUGCAAGUUAUGUUCAAAUUAGUAAGGAGUGGAUAGAAAGAAGUCUAUUUAUAGAAACUAACACUUGGCAGAUAUACCUGAACUUAAAAAUUGUUGCAGAACAAGUUUAAUUACAUCUGAGCAUGACUUUGUUAUUAAAAGACAAAACCUUUCACCCCA